AUGAAGAAACCGGACCGUCGCGGCAAGACAGUUGAAGAUGAUGCUCCAUUGGCCAGUGACAUCAGCACCGUUGGUGUGCCGUUGCUCAUUCCGGUGGUCGCGCCCCGACUGUCGUCCAUGUCCCACUCUGCAUUAAUCAAGUGGAAGAAAGCUCGAGCUGAGUAUGAAGAGAGCGUGAAAGCUCGCAGCAAGGGUGAUGAUGAACUCUACGAGCGGCUCAAGGAAACAAUUAAGAGUACCGUCGACGAAAGACUGUUGAAGGCUCUCUGUACCUACCGCCGGGGCGGAAUUGCGCCCAACGCUGUGACCGAUGACCAAAUUACGUCAGAAAUUCAGGCGAUUGUCGAACGUGUUAUAAACGACACACUUCCCGACAUAGAUAUGCUUUUUGGUAAGAAGCUGCGUCUUAACAUGUCUGAAACAGACGUGAACGAGCGCGUGCUGCAUGACCUGUUUUGA